CAUAGCGAAAUAUAUUCCUUGUCAGUCGUUCACUGCGACAAGAAAAGUUCGUAUUGAUUUAGAAAUACAACAAAUCCAAUAAGGAUCCCAUCGAAAUGGUUCUAAGAAGUCUUGGAAAGAAGCACCUUGAGAUUGCUACCAAAUGGGUGGGAUCUGCUACUGCUUUCGGAGCCUCAGCUGGUAUGGCUGUGGUCUACAUGACUGACUGGAAGCUGAUUCUUCAAUAUCUCCCAUACUACAAUGGCAAAUUCGCUGAGAAGUAAAUGUAUUUAUUUAUACAGCACUUAUAGUCAUAAAUAAAAACUAGAAAAACAGA